AUUUUUAAUUUUUUUUUAAGAGCAGUAUAGCUUUUUGGAAGCGAGAUUGGUUGCGUGCUUAAUAAACUGGACCGGCUGUUCUCUGUGUCUCUGGAAGCAACUGGCGACAUGGCGGGUCUUGUCUUGCUACUAAUCUGUGUAACGUCAGCUGUUACAGGUGUGUUCCUGCCUGAGUCUUCGUCAGACCCAGUCAUCUGUCCACAUCUGCCUUGUCCCCUCCCGCCCUGCGAUCGCAGUGAAUGGAUCCCUUGGUACUACGAUUACCAUGGCAAGAACUGUACAGGCUGCUACCAGUGCCCCGCUAUGGAGGAAUCUCUCAGAGUCUCUGACCUAGAGAAAAGACAGCUUGAUUCCACAAUCCUGCGAUGCCCGAUAGUGGAUUGCUUCUUUCCACCACAGGACUGCCCUGUUGCCCUUGUCGCGGGUACCAUCCACAUUGGAGGCCUUGAAUGUCCGGGCUGCCCUCGAUGCCCUGUCCCAAUCAACGAGUGAAAAAUGAAGAGGGCAGUUAUACAAGAUAUGUUGACUCGGACAUGUCUGCCAUAUUCUGAUAUGUAAAAAUGCAGUUAUACUUUUUGAAAGUGAAAUUGUACUAGUCUGGGUUUCUGUCCUCGCAGUUACACAAACACAACGAAAUUAAAAACGUAAAAAAACCGCCUGGUAUGAAUCGUUAAAAUAGAUUAAUAUAAUAAAAAUAAAUGUUUUGUC